GUCCGAUCCAUGUUAGCUCGGAUAUUAGUGUCAACCUCCUACCCAAUCGAGGCCCCCGCCAUCAUAGGAUGAUGAAUAAGGAAUAAGACGGUUGAUUAUUUCUUGAUUGUCUGAGCGUCUCAUAUAACGAUCUCUCCUAAUUGGGUAGAUAAGAAGCGGGGAUCAGUGAGGGGCAUUGCUCGUCCGAGCUCAGGCUGAGAUCAGACAUAAGUUAUAACCCUCAUCAAACCGACACUUUGGUACACAACCUCAAGGAAAUUUGUUCUCUCAAUCAUGACACGGACCACGACAGCUGGAGAUUGGCGCACGGCAGUCGCGCAGAAGCGCGAGCAGCUUGCUUCUGCCAUCCCUGCUAAAUGGCGGCUGGACGACAAACUUCUCGCAUCGCUGCCGCAAAAUGGCAAUCUGAUUGAAGCAGAUAUACCGCGUCGCAGCGGUAUUCUCUCCGAAGAAGAACUCCAGAUUACAGAAGCCUACACGGCAGAGGAGCUUCUUCGGCAGCUUGCGGCGGGUGAACUGAGCUCGUUGGCAGUGACGACUGCAUUUUGCAAGCGUGCAGCUAUUGCCCAGCAGUUGACCUCCUGUCUGACCGAGCACUUUUUCCCCCGCGCACUCGAACGAGCCCAGUAUCUUGAUGACUACCUGAAACGAGAGAAGAAAGUGGUGGGUCCGUUGCACGGAUUGCCCGUCAGUCUUAAAGACUGCUUCCGUAUUGAAGGAGUCCAAAGCACCGUGGGCUAUGUUUCCUUUCUUGAACACCCACCGGCCAGCUCAAAUUCGGCAUUGGUGAACAUGUUGCUAGACAUGGGGGCGGUGCUCUACGUGAAGACCAAUAUUCCGCAAACCUUGAUGACUGGCGAUUCCCAAAACAACAUCUACGGCCGCACAUUGAACCCCCGCAACACCAACCUGACAGCCGGAGGAUCAAGUGGCGGCGAAGGGGCGUUGGUCGCCUUUCGGGGCUCGAUCCUCGGUGUGGGGACAGACGUCGCAGGCUCCGUCCGAAUCCCCGCUCUCUGCUGCGGAGUGUACGGGUUCAAUCCGACGGCCAAUCGCAUCCCCUAUAGUGGGUUGGUAACCGGGAUGUUCGAGGGCCUCCCGGGACUCACCACAGCAGCAGGGCCGCUCGCAAACAGCCUGGGAGAUCUCAAGCUGUUCAUGUCACACGUUCUCGGAGCUGAACCCUGGCGAUACGACGCGACAGCCAACGCAAUCCCCUGGCCCACAGGCCCCAGCCUUCAAUCACCACUUACCAUCGGAAUCCUUCCGGAAGACUCGCACUUCCCACUGCAUCCGCCAGUGCGCCGCGCCCUAGAAUCCGCCAUCAAGGCAUUGUCCGCCAAAGGCCAUCGCAUUGUGCGGUUGGGGGAUGCGCCCCAACGCAGCGUUUCCUACGCCAACCGUCUCGCGUUCCAGUACUUGAUUACCGGUCCCCGUCUCGACCACAUUAGCCCCAGCGGGGAGCCUCUAAUCGCAUCCGCCGCCAAAGCUUCGUCUCCGAUGUUUUCCGGUCCAUUUCCCGUGUCGCAGGAUCUGGAGACCUUCCUGAAGAUCGACGCCCUGUACAAUGCGCGGGUCGCGUACGCGGAGGCCUGGCGCGAGGCAUGGGUGUCGAAUGGCCUGGACGUGGUGCUCGGGCCCGGCGCGCAGAACACGGCGGUGCCGUACGACACGUACGGAUGGCCUGCGUACACGGCAGUGUGGAACGUGCUUGAUUACCCCGCAUGCAUUAUCCCUUACGGGAAAGCGUCGCAAGCGCUCGACCCCGAGCCGAUGGCGAUCUACGAUGGCGUCCAGCCAAGUUAUGACCCGCAGGCCGUAGAUGGAGCGCCCUGCGCCCUUCAGAUUGUCGCACCACGAUACCAGGACGAACGAUGUCUAUCAGCGGCAGCCAUUAUCGAGAGAGACAUUCAGUAGACAAGAAUACAUACAACACGUAGCCCUAAGACCAUUGGGGUCAUACCCACAAUCCUAUCCUCUUAUCCAUUCCACAUUCCACUCAUACCUAACCACCCUGUAUUUUCCAUCCUUAAUCCUAUCAUAUUUCCUAUUUAUGGUAGGUAUACU